AUGGUGAUCAUUGAAAAGUCUAUUGUUGCUCUUCUGGUCAUGGAGAAGGCUGGAGGAAGACGCAUCUACAACAUUAAUCCUAGGGCAAAGUAUUUGUCCCAUGAGAUUAACCCAACAAUCUUCCAACAGAACGCUGAAGGCAAACAUUCCAAGAAUAAGGAACUGCAUCAGAACCUCCAGUUCAGACUCAUGGAAGACGUGAUGAUAGAUACUGGAAGAGCUCUGAACGCUCGCAAUCUGAAGAGCAUGGGAAUUUUGAAUCAAGUUAGGGUCAAACCAACUUUGGACACCUCUUGGGAAGCUCUUAAAGAUCAGAGAAAGAUCCCAAAUGGACUCUAUCUGUUCUCAGAGAUCGACCCUCCAGAGGUAGUCAUGUACUACUUAGAUGAUCUACACAAACAAGGCGUAGAGUUCUCAGACUUCUCCCUAGACUGGCUGCCAGAUUUUCCUCCAGAUUUCAUGAAGAGGCCACGAGAACCAUCUGAGAAGGCAAAGCAGGCGAAGAGAGCGAAGCUGGGAGAAUCUUCCGGAUCAAGACCUCCAAUACCUCUGGCUGGAUCCUCUGGUAAGUUUGUACCUCUCCCUCCUUCUGUAAAAGUUAAACCUAUUGCUUCCUCAAUCCCUCAACCUUCGCUCAUAUACACUAAGUCAGAAACUCCUCCCUCAACCACUAGACCAUCUAACCAACCCUCGCAAAAAUUCAACCUGGCCACCACAUCUCUACCUAUUUCGGAAGCAGAAAUGCUAAAGGAAACAACCUCACCCUCCUCAUCUUCAUCUCCAGAAUCACCACCCUAUUACACACUUUCAUCAAACACUGAGCCAUCUGACCCCCACUCCCCAACUCUGGCUCAGCUCCAACAACGUGCUCUAGCCUCUCAACAGCCAACACAAUCUAUCCCUGAACCAGAAGUUACCCCUCCACCCACAGAAAACCCAAACACAACCACAUCUGACCCUCCACCAUCCGAACCAAUUCACUCUGAAUCACAACAACACAACUCUGAAAUACCCCCACCAACUACAUCCGCUGAACCACAAACUCCCACACUUAACUUAAGCCCUCCCACUUCUCCACCCCACGCAUCUGAACCUGAAACACCCUUCUAA